UAUUUUAUCAUCUUUUUGAUUCAUAUUAUAAUUGGAAUGGUCAUGAUUCAGCAGCUGUUUAACGCUCUCUGUAGCGAAAGUGUAGAACCUUUUUUAUCUACCUACAUGAUAGCUUGUUGCGGCGGGAAGAUAAUUUUAAAGGAUUACAAACUUCAAGGAAAAAUGGAAAUCGUAAUAGAGAGGAGAUGGAAGUGCUCAGUUAGAAAUGAUACAAUACAUGCUACCAGUAGUUCCAUGUCCUGUCAGUAUUGUGGAUGUGAGGCGGAACACCAAUCACUUGUAUGCUCCAACGUCAAAGUAAAUAGUCAGAGCAUGUUAAGUAGAAGAAACAAAUGCGAAAGAUGGAUACCAGGUCGACGAUUGAUUGUCCACACACUAGUUAUAUUUUUUGGAAUAUCCGCAUGGAUCGGUGUCAAUGGAAUCUUCGUCCAGUUGCCUCUAUUAGUUAAUUCAGCACCAGAAGGUUGGGGUCUGCCAGCGUACUUAUCAGUUUUAGUUCAAGCCGCAAAUAUAGGGCCAAUCCUGUACACGCUAUCACGUAAAUAUCUACCAAAUUUUCCUGAAACAUUCUGGAUUUGGAUAUUACUUUCUAUGGACAUAAUAGCUAUUGGUCUUCUGGCCUUUUUCCACGACAGAACAUCUUUUUAUGGUAGUACAGAGCACAGCACGGCCAUGUUUAUUCUUGUAUUCUUCACGGCGUUAGUGAGCUGCACUAGUUCUGUACUAUUUAUGCCAUAUCUACGUGAUUUCAAAGAAAUUUAUCUAGUAUCUUAUUUUAUAGGCGAAGGUUUGAGUGGAGUUUUGCCAAGUAUAGUAGCCUUGAUUCAAGGUGUCGGUGGGAACCCCGAAUGUAUUACCGAUGACGAUGGCAAAAUCAUACCGUACGUGUCGCCACCGAGAUUUCCACCAAAAGAUUAUUUUCUUUUUAUAUUCGUCAUAUUAUUAUUGUCGUUCAGUGCCUUCGGCUUGUUGCGGUAUCUUCCUAUAGUACAGAGCGAGAGGAUAAAUUCAAAAUCGAAGAUGUUCAGAGAAACAAGAAACUACGAUGGUGACAAUACUACUAGCACUAUUACAAAUGAAUACAAUUCUGAAAUUGAAAAUUAUAACAGUGAAUUAGAAACUACCAGUGCUACUGGUGCUUAUGAAGUUUCUAAUCCCCGUAGUCUUUCUGCAAUAUAUAAGAGUUAUCUAUUUAUUAUAAUGGGAGCUAUAUGUUUCUUAGGUCAUGGCUUCUUGCCUGGUAUACAAUCCUAUUCUUGUUUGCCAUACGGAAACGUGGCAUAUCAUCUGACAGCUACGUUAGCACAUAUGGCUAAUCCGGCGGCUUGUUUCCUUGCGCUUUGGACUCCAGUCCCAAGUAUGAGAGCUACUAGUUUCUUGUCAAUAAUGAGUUUCAUGGCGUGCAGCUAUGUCAUUCUAUUGGCUUUAAAGUCCCCUGCACCACCGAUGCAAGGCUCUGAAAUUGGUACUGCACUGGUAGUCAUAACGUGGAUCUUAUUAGUGGGUCUUAUUUCUUAUAUAAAAUUGACUAUUACAACGAUAUUUAGACGCGAGGCAGGAGCCAAAUCACUUUUCUAUACCGGUAUAGUCAUGCAAAUAGGCUCGGCUUGUGGGGCAAUCCUGUCUUUUUGUUUCAUUAAUUACACGAAUCUGUUCACUGCUUAUACGUCGUGCAUUAGCGUUUGACUUUUAAUUUAUAAUGUCAAUUGCUCAAUGUAAAUUUAGGAUAAUGUAAAGAAUGUGAAUCGAUUAUUGUGAAAUCAGGUUUUGUAAUUAAAUUAUGGUUGCGACAUAAUUUUAACACAAAAAUUAGGAUGUGUUACUUUUCAUAAUGUGAAAUUUUGCAUUACCUCUGAAUGAUGGUUGCAUUUUUUAUUUUUAGCGUAUAUAAUUGUGAAUUAGAAAAUUUUUUGCAAAUUUUUUGAUGAUAUUGUACUGUAUCAUGAAUAUUAAUUAUAUUAUAUGCUAAGCAGUGCAACCCGUUAGGACAUUAAUAAAUGGCAGAUUGACAUAUGUAUGUACGUGCGAAUAAAUCUAAUUGAAGUGGUUUACUUGCGGCGCAUAUAUUUAUACAGAAUUUAUUUAUUUAAAAUUGACUCUGUACUAUAAAUAUUGCAUAUUUUUUAAAACUGGAUUAGGGUAUGUUGUAUCUAAAAUAAGGAAAUAAGAUUAUUCAUGUAUUGUGAUUCCUAGAUGUAGAUCUCGCGAAACUAUUCAUAGUGUAAUAUACAUACAGAAAUUUAUGAAUUUAAUAUUGUUACCAUUGUUAUGAAACAUUGUUAAUAAAAUUUAUUAUGGAACAACA